AUGGCGUGGUCUUUGGUCCGGCCAGCUCUGGCCCACAAUAACCACCUCCCCUCGGCUCCAGCUGUCGAGGCCCUCCUCCAGCGGUCCUCGCGUGUCCUAGAUCUUGUCCCUGCUGUCAACGCUCAGAGCCGCCCGCUUUCCCAGCGCUAUCAACACCAAUGGCACGCGGCACGCGGGCAGAAGAAAGCGGUCGUGCCCCCUCUUGCAAUUGCUGUCCGAAAGCAACAGCCGCUGCAGCUUGUCCGCCAUGCUUCCGUGCUGUCCAGCAUUCCUGCUCCGCCCCCUACAGCCUCCGGCGCGAGCUACUCGACUGCAGUUGUGCCACCUACUACUCCGUACUCUAAGCUGACUAUCGGCAUUCCUCGGGAGACCUUUCCCAACGAGAAGCGCGUUGCCAUUACUCCUCAGAAUGUCGCCCUCCUGCUCAAAAAGGGCUUCUCCAAGGUCCUGGUCCAGCGCGGCGCUGGCGCCGAAGCUGACUUCCUGGAUGCGGCGUACGAUAAAGCCGGCGCUACCCUUGUCGAUGAUGCUUCUCAGAUUUGGCAGCAGGCAGACAUCGUGCUCAAGGUCCGCGCUCCCUCCAGCCCUGCUGAGACAGACAGCCUGCGUGAGGGUCAGACGAUUAUCAGCUUCCUUCAGCCCGCCCAGAACAAGCCCUUGGUUGAGAAGAUUGCUGCCAAGAAGUCUACUGCCUUUGCCAUGGACCUGAUUCCGCGUAUCAGCCGGGCGCAGGUUUUUGAUGCUCUCAGCUCCAUGGCCAACAUUGCUGGGUACAAGGCAGUACUCGAGGCUUCGAACAACUUUGGUCGCUUUCUCACUGGCCAGGUCACUGCUGCCGGCAAGAUCCCGCCUUGCAAGGUCCUCGUCAUCGGUGCAGGUGUCGCCGGACUGAGCGCCAUCGCGACCGCAAGGAGACUUGGUGCUAUCGUGCGGGGCUUCGACACGCGCUCCGCCGCUCGUGAACAGGUUCAGUCACUUGGUGCUGAGUUCGUCGAGGUAGAACUCGAGGAAGACGGCUCAGGAGCUGGUGGUUACGCGAAAGAAAUGUCCAAGGAAUUCAUCGAGGCUGAGAUGAAGCUCUUCACUGAGCAGGCUCGUGAAGUCGAUAUCAUCAUCACCACUGCCCUGAUCCCCGGCCGCCCAGCUCCGAAGCUAAUCACGAAAUCCAUGGUUGAAAUCAUGAAGCCUGGCUCAGUAAUUGUCGAUCUGGCAGCUGAGGCCGGUGGAAACUGUGAAAAGACCGUUCCCGGCGAGCUGACUACCUACCACGACGUGAAAAUCAUCGGUUACACUGAUCUUCCCUCAAGGCUACCAACGCAGUCGUCGACUCUCUAUUCCAACAAUAUCGUCAAGUUCCUCCUUUCAAUGGCUCCAGCUGAGAAAGAAUUCGGCAUUGACCUGAACGACGAGGUUGUCAGAGGUUCUAUCGUCACCCAGAAGGGCGAGAUUAUACCGCCAGCUCCACGUCCAGCUCCGCCACCCGCCCCGGCCGCCCCAUCUGCAACAGCAGCGAAACAGGAAGAAGUGGUUGCGCUCACCCCGUUCCAAAAGACAUCCCGGGAGGUCGGCUUUGUGACCGGUGGUAUGGCAACCGCCUUGGCUUUAGGAAAACUUACAGGCCCGGCCUUCAUGAGUAAUGCCUUUACCUUUGGUCUCGCUGGCUUGAUUGGCUACCGCGUCGUCUGGGGUGUCGUUCCUGCUCUCCACUCUCCUCUGAUGUCUGUCACCAAUGCCAUCUCUGGGAUGGUCGGAGUUGGUGGCAUGUUCGUCCUAGGAGGAGGGUACCUCCCAGAGACUAUCCCCCAGGCUUUCGGUGCUGCAUCAGUCUUGCUCGCUUUUGUGAAUGUUUCCGGAGGCUUCGUUUUGACGAAGCGAAUGCUUGACAUGUUCAAGCGACCAACAGAUCCCCCAGAGUAUCCUUGGCUAUACGCAAUUCCCGCAGUAGUGUUUGGAGGAGGCUAUUUGGCUGCCGCCUCCACUGGAGCAGCUGGUCUUAUCCAGGCUGGCUACAUGGUCAGCUCUGUCCUAUGCAUCAGCAGUAUCUCUAGUCUCGCGUCGCAAGCCACGGCUCGUAUGGGAAAUGCUCUCGGUAUACUCGGAGUUGGCUCUGGUGUGCUUGCAACUCUCCUUGCCGUCGGCUUCACACCCGAGGUUCUGACCCAGUUUGGUGCCCUUGCUACUAUUGGUAGCCUUCUCGGCUUCUUUAUCGGCAAACGAAUCACCCCCACAGAUCUUCCCCAGACCGUGGCUGCUCUUCACUCAGUAGUUGGUCUAGCAGCGGUUUUGACCUCUAUUGGCAGUGUUUUGGGAGAUUUAGACCAUGUGUCGACACUCCAUUUGGUCACGGCCUACAUGGGUGUUCUGAUCGGUGGCAUCACUUUCACCGGUUCCAUUGUCGCAUUCUUGAAGCUCGCUGGAAAAAUGUCGUCACGGCCUACAAUUCUUCCAGGUCGGCACAUCAUCAAUUCUAGCCUUUUGGCAACCAAUAUCGGUACUAUGGGUGCGUUUGUGACAAUGGCUCCCGGCUCGCCAAUGAUCGCUGCUGGCGCACUCGCGGCCAACACGGCCUUGUCGUUCGUCAAGGGGUACACUACGACUGCUGCGAUUGGCGGUGCCGAUAUGCCUGUGGUAAUAACUGUUCUGAACGCCUAUUCCGGCUUCGCCCUCGUCGCUGAGGGAUUCAUGCUGGAGAAUCCGCUCUUGACAACCGUUGGCGCUCUGAUUGGCGUAUCUGGUUCUAUCCUAUCGUAUAUUAUGUGCGUGGCUAUGAAUCGGUCUCUCACCAAUGUCCUCUUUGGUGGAAUCGCCGCACCUCAACAAAGUGACUUCAAGAUCGAAGGCAGCGUCACGCAAACCAAUAUCGAAGAUGUUUCGGAUGCGCUAGUCAAUGCUGAGAACGUCAUCAUCGUGGUCGGGUACGGAAUGGCCGUGGCGAAAGCACAGUACGCGAUUUCAGACAUUGUCAAGAUGCUGCGGGCCAAGGGAAUCAACGUUCGUUUCGCAAUCCACCCUGUCGCUGGUCGGAUGCCUGGCCAGUGCAACGUGCUCCUCGCAGAGGCGAGUGUGCCGUACGAUAUCGUGCUCGAGAUGGACGAGAUCAACGAUGACUUCGGAGACACGGAUGUCACUCUUGUCAUCGGCGCCAACGAUACGGUCAACCCUAUCGCUUUGGAGCCGGGAAGCCCGAUUGCAGGUAUGCCGGUGCUGCACGCCUGGAAGAGCAAGCAGACAAUCGUCAUGAAGAGAGGAAUGGCGAGUGGCUAUGCUGACGUGCCAAACCCGAUGUUCUACAUGCCUGGAACGCGCAUGCUGUUUGGUGAUGCAAGCAAGUCGACCAAUUCUCUGAAAGCUGCUAUUGAGGCCAAGCUGUCGUAG